AACACAAAUUACUUUCUCGCAAUUUGUUAGCGAUAUCAAACUUGGAACGAAUUUAUUCACUCCAAUCACAGCGUAAUACAUAUGUAUUAAUCUUUAGAUAUCUUUAGAUUGUGGAGGCUGAUAAUUUGUAAACAUCGGAUUGUUUAGCGCAAUUAUUAGUUCGAUUGUCGCCACGAAUCAAAAUACAGUAUGAUGAAGACAAUUGACAAAAGCUGUUAUGGAUUUUCUCCGCGUCGGAAUGUUUGAUGCUGUCGUCUUGAACACACGUCGGUUGGUGCAAAAGUGUCUUCAAAUUAAUUGUGCCUUAGUUUCGUGAACAAUAUUUGGUGAAAGUGUUUCCUCAUUAAUGUGUUUCAUUAUGCUCCAAUUUCCUAGCAGUGUGUUUUUCAAAAAUGCUUGGACUUAACGAAAUAUUUAAUAUUAUUAUUUUAUGCAGUUUUAUACAUAUUACUCAGGUGGACUGUUGGUUAGACGAUGCGAUUGAUCCUGUAGAACUGGAUUUCGAGGAAUGGCAUCAGCGUGACUCUCGGCUCGCAAUACCUCUGAUUAACCAGCCAAACUGCGAGAGACGUAAUAUCUAUGUUUGUGAGGAACCUCCAGAUAUUGUGCCUCCCGAUGUGCGAAAGGCAUGUAAUUAUCGCAAUGUACGAUACCACGAGCAAGUAUUCCGAUGGGUGGCUGGACGAGGCUGUCUGCUGUUUACUCCAGAUUUCCUUUACGAAGGCGGAUUCAACCCUAUCAACCUGACCGCUGGCUGUUUCUAUGGGAAUUGGUAUGCUCCGUGUGUGGAACUUCCAAAAGAAGAUGGGAGUUGUGGGUGCUACCCGUUUGAUCCGGGGCUGGCUGAAGUGGCAAGAAUAGUUAAUGACGCGUUGAUUCCUUCUGCCCAAGGUCGCUGGGCAAGAUGCUUCUACGCAGCUAGAGACUGCUGCAGUCAUUUUAUGGGUGACAGUGGAAAUAAUACAGAUUCGGGUCAAUGUGAGGCCACGUUCGACGGUUGGACAUGUUGGCAGGCAGCUGAGGCUGAUACCACACCUACAGAAAUAUGUUCCGAAUUCGUCUACUCCAACUCAGGACCAUCAUGCCAUCAUUUCAGCAGUAAAGAAUGCUUCGCGAAUGCGACAUGGGCGCUUCAAACAGACUACAGGUCGUGCAGCGUUACCCCUCGCCUUUUACGCCGGUAUCGUUUCCACAUAAGUAUGCUGGCUUUCUCCAUCGCUUCAUGUCUUCCUGCGAUAUUCAUCUUCUUCUUCUACAAAAGACUUCGCAUCACCCGAGUGGCCUUGCAUCGAAACUUGCUCAUUGCGAUAAUUUGUAGAAACAUCCUGGUGAUCAUCAGUAGAAAUGAGAUUUACAUCAGCGAACUGACCAGCACAGGGGACACUGUGAUGUCCACAAACGGCUUAGCGUGUCGAGUGCUGGCUGUAACCGAGAGAGUCGCCGCCAAUGCAGUCUUCAUAGCCAUGUUGGUAGAGGGUAUUUAUUUACAUCGACUGAUCGUCGCAGUCUUCAGGCAAAAGCUAAACAUCAAAUGGCUGUAUGGAUCUGGGGCUGCUUUAGCGACAGCGCCGGUAAUAGCCUGGGCGGCAGUGAUGGCGGUACACAACAACCAUUCCUGCUGGCUGGUAUACACUAUCGACCAUGUUCAGUGGAUACUGGACGCUCCGAGGAUCACUAUACUUGUAGUGAACACGGUUCUUUUCAUCGACGUGUUAAGGGUCUUAUUCACGAAGAUCAGGAACAGUGAGAAUGCCAAUCAGUUGAGCACUACAAAAGCAACUUUAUUUCUGAUGCCGUUGUUCGGUACACAAUUUCUGCUAACCGCAUUUAGGCCGAACACAAUCAACUGUACCGGGGAGCAGAUCUAUUAUUACGUAGCAUAUACAGUCGAGGGCUUGCAAGGAUUUAUUGUUGCUUUGCUGUAUUGUUACAUCAACAAAGAGGUUCACGUUCUAAUUAAAGCUACUUAUAAAAAAACUGAAAACGCUGUCGUAUCACGAAUUAGAAGAGAUUCAAAUUAUCCUCCAACCAGCUCAGAUCCUAACUCGAGACGAAUAACUUACAGCACUGGGCUACAUUCUACUAACGAAGAAACUGCUAAAGAACACUAUGCCACGAUAAAGCCCAAGUUACACGUUGCAGAAAUAAUAUCGAUACAAGCAAGUGAACGAUUAGCUGAGAUCUUGGAUCCAGUGUAUGAAACUAUACGAAAUGAUAUAAAUAAUGGGACAUAUGACUCUUUAGAACGUUCAGAUAUUGACAACGAUUCCGCAAUCAUUCCGCACAGAAAUUACAAAAACGAAGAUUAUUAUAACUUUACGAAUGCAUCUAGUAUUUCAAUAGAAUGCCAAGAUUGGAUUCGAUGUGUAUCAUCUCCUUCAAGCAGCGUUUAUAACAAUUCCUUGAACGAUUAUGAAACGAAAUAUUUAGAAAGACGAUUUCCAAAUCAUCCGAAACUACAAGAAAUAAAAGAGGCUCAAGGAAAAAGUUAUGAUCAAAAUAAUACAAUAAAUAACGACUUUAAAAACAAUCCAGAUGAAAUUAUUAAUACAGUAGAAGUCAAUGACUCAGAGAAUGAAGUUGACGAAAAGGAUGAUAUAAAAUAUAAAUAUAAUGAAGACAUGCUGAACGAAAUAAUGCAAUAUAUUGCAACUAAUGACGUUGAUGUACACCAUUUGGAUCCCGACCUGUUGUGUCCAAAUAGAGGAAAUAAAGACAAAAUUGUUUUUGUUGAUGAAUAAACCGCUUUUCUAGAAA